AAAUAGUACAACACAGCAUCUCAUCAACUACACACAAAGAAGAAAGAAAAAUAACAUUCAGCAGCACUGCACAGCCACUCCCUUCUCUUCCUCUUCCUUUUUAGCUCAACCUUAUAACUUCUUUAGAUUUGGAUAUCUUCUCAACUAUUUGCUUCCCCAAUUUCUUUCCCCAUUCUCUAGCAAGCACCAUAGAAGUUGACCCACUGUUUAAUUUUCCAACAAGUUUGAGGAUUUGCAGAAAUGGAUAUAGACUUUUGGGCUGCAAGGGUACACUCAACAAAGCACCACUCUGCUGUCCAAGCUAACAGGGUCACCAAUUCUGCAGACACUUACAUGAACAUGGGAAAUGAAGGAGCAGAAGAUUUGAGGGCGUGGUUUCCUUGCCCAUUCUGUUACAUAGAGAUUGAAGUUCCAGUGCUUUGCAGUCACUUGCAAGAAGAACACUGCUUUGAUUUGAAAAAUGCGGUUUGUCCCAUAUGUGCUGCUACUCUCGGGAAAGAUCCUAUCAGUCAUUUCACCGUACAGCAUGCACAAUCUGUAAAGAGGAGGAGAAAGUAUCAAAAAUCAGGCUUCUGGAACAAUGCCACAGCAGCAAUGAUUGGCAGGGACCUUCGAGAUCUAACUGGCUCUAACAUCAUCAACAGUCAUUUCAAUGGGCAAGAACCCGCCCCCGAUCCACUUCUGUUGCCAUUUCUUCCCAAUGUGCCUCAUUCGGAUUCUGAAAGUAUGCAAGAAGAUAACAAUUCUUGUUACGUUGCUACUGCAACUGAUACACAAAGCAGCAAGCAGCAUCUAUCAGAUCCAGCUCGGGAGGAAGAUUAUGCGGAGAAGAGAAAGCGAGCAGCGUUUCUUCAGGAGCUGAUGGCUUCAACCAUUUUCUUGGAUCAGUAAACUCAGUCAUCCGAGUUCCUUAGUCUGAGCCGACGAAGAAGAGAGGUGAACGAUGGCAUUCUAACACUACUAAAGAAUGUUAGGUGUUUUUUUCUCUAUGGUGUAUUGUGAUAUUGCCUGUAAAAUGGCUAUGGAACUUCAGGUUUAGGUGACAAUGAGUAUGUGGUCUCUUGUCUGUGGCAUGAUAAUAUGGGAAUUGUAUAUCUGUAAUGAACCAGUUUAAAUGACAUUCCAUAUAUAUAUAUCUAAAGGUUUCAUUCAUUCA